AGCACGCGGUGUGGACCAGACAAGAUCAAAGCUGCAGGAAAUGGACAGUGAGGUACAGCGAGAUGGAAGGAUCUUAGAUUUGAUUGAUGACGCUUGGCGGGAAGACAAGCUGCCAUACGAGGAUGUCGCGAUUCCACUGAGCGAGCUUCCCGAGCCUGAGCAAGACAAUGGUGGCACCACGGAGUCUGUGAAAGAACAGGAGAUGAAGUGGACGGACCGGGCCUUACAGUGCCUCCACGAGAAUGUCCCGCCUGCCGGAAACUGA